AUGAUUUCAGCAGGGUUGUUGCACCCCGGUGGCGCCGCCAUAAGGAAGGAGGGCUCAGUCACUGGGGGCGGCAGCCGCAGGGUGGGGCGUAUGGUCACGGCGCCGUUCCGGGCGCUUCGCCGUCUCAGAGAUCUGUACGUCCGCAGCAUGACCGGGUGCGCCGGCAGCGGGAACUUCCGCAAGGUGACCGCCUUUCCCGGCGGCGCCUCCGCCGGGAUCCGGCGGAGCUACAGCCUCAACCCAUCGCGGGUCAGCAGCAGCAGCGAGGACGACCUGAGGGACCUCGUGCGCGCCGCCUCGCAGGGCGCCAGGGGCUCGCUCAACCUCAGCGGUUUCUACCAGUCACCCGGUGGCAAGCCCACCGUGCCGAGGAGUCAGAGCGUGGCCAUCGGGAGGAUCGACGAAGACAAGCCCUCCGACUUCACGGCGGAGCCCGUCCUCGGCCCCUUGUACCCCAGGAGCCGCAGCUGCGCUGUCCCCAAGAGGAAGGGGGGGAUGAUGGCUUAG